CUGAAGAAAUGGGGUGAAAUGUCAUGAUUGACAGCUUCCCAAGAUAAGUAGCUGUCAAAGGUCUUUAUACUUGUAUCUGUGAGACGUUGGUUCCAUGACAUCACACCACAAUCACUAAUGCCCAGACUUCAAUUGACAUAACUGCAAAAAUUGGGGCAUCGUCUUGCAGGAUAUUUUGGCUUCAAUUUUGUACAAAAAGAGGAAGUGGAGAAGCAUUGUUUACCUACAUUUACAGUUCAUUGGUCAUGUAUGUACAACUGAUGUAUUGGUUGGAUUAUUAACCAAUGCAGCCUUGCUAACUGCUAAAUUUCUCUACUUGACAAAGCAGAUUUUUGUUUCAUUGAGCUUGUCAAAAACUCAGGUUGAGUGGAAUCUGUUAAAUAUACUUUUGUUUAUUGGUCAUUGUAGUUAAAACUAACUACCUCUAAAGACAAAGGUCUUGAUGCUUGUUCCAAAUGGCCAUAUUCAAAUUAUGGGGUCAUAAAAAGUAGAGACACAUGAUGAAUUGCACAAAGGGGAAUGAGGAUGCAAACUUUGGACCUUUUUUGUCUUCAUAAUAAUCCAGUGUGUUACAGUUGGAUGUGCAAAAGAAGAGAUCGAGGUAGUUUCAUUGGCAACAAACACUAGAACUUGAGAGAACAGUUGAAGUCCUGUGUUGAGUGCUUCCUCAUUUUAUACAUAUGUCCAGGUUUUGCUGUCUGAUUAAUAGAAUUAGAAAACUCCUCUCACUCAGCCCAUGACUUCCAACAUCAGAAACCUGUUGGGAGAUCAUUCAGACCAAACAUUGUGUUAUUGUUGCAAAAUUUGUCUGGCAAGUUACUUUAAUUGCAAGAAAUAAAACACUCAUUAAAAUACGAUGGGAAACACCUUUAGUCUGCAAAUGGAGUGAAGGCUGAAAACAGAGAAUCAGCACACAUGUGGUGAUAAACUUUUUUUUAUAGAGAGUAGUCAGCAAGAGUCAAGGUCACAUCCUGAAAAUCUCUCUGCAUCCCUCUUCAUUUCUUCCUUAGUUACAUAAAAGAAAAGAAAAAACUAGCCGGUGGGCCAGACCAGAAAGUGCCUUGUCAUCAUUUGCUAAUUUUACAGUGGACCGGGAACACUGUGAAAUAUGGACCCAUCAGAUUAGAUCGUUAUCUGGAAUCAGAUCAGCUAAGAUAACGGUUGUGUCAUGACACAAACCUUCACACAUCGGGAGCAGAACGAUACUUAAAAUUUACUGCAGCCUGAAUGAAGGGCAAGUCAAAUAAAGACUGAUAAGGCUUCUUCAGAGGAUUUCACUGCCCCCUUCCUCAGCACAGCACUGACUGACAAAUAUACGAAGAAUUUAAAUUUAGAUAACAGAAAUGUGAAUCACUGCACGCAGCCUUUACAGGUGUGGCUUGUAUAUCCUUCAAACCUUUCUAUUGAAACUUUCGGUGCAGUAGAAAGUAAUAUGUCUCUGCUGCAUCUGCAGUGUGUGAGCUAUAAUGCACAAUCAAUUUUCUAUGUCCAAGGAAACCAUUGAAAAAUUAUGGAAUGUGGUAAAUAAUAAACAUUUUAGAACAUGAAGGAAAUGUUAAUUUUAUUUUUUAAAUAUCAAACGUUAAAUAAAGUCACCUGAUUGUGAACAAAGACAAUAAUAAGUUGGUCUCUACCUUUAAGUAAGAGUCCAGGUGUCGUGCCAAAAGGUGUAGAAAAAAACCACUGCUGACGUCUAUUCUCAUCUCUCUUUACGUCAUAUAAACACUGUAUGAACAAGUUCUUGCUGCAGUAAGCAAAUUUCAAUAAGACACAAAAUGAGCUCAAACACUUGUUUCCAGGCGCUAGCACCUGAAAUAUAAACACCGGAAGAUUGUUUCCACAUACAUGUCUUGAACAAAACUAAUUUCCUUCAGCUUUUCCUUCAGAUCAAUCUCUACAUAUGUGUAUAGGAGUUAGGGUUCAAAUAUAACUGCAGGGUAGAUGUGUGUAAUAAGAAACCACAAAUGCUGAACUAAUAAGUCAUCAAAAAAUUACACAUUAUCCCAUUUUGGAGGCGGGGUUCUCUGCACAACUCUUUUUUUGCAGCACAAACCAAAAUGCAAGUGAAUCUUUGCCUAAAAUGAGAGUGUAUUAAGACACAAAAGACACUAGCAUUGUCCUGUCCUAUUCUGCCCGUUUUAAACCUGACCAUUUCCAGCCUUGCUAACAUCACAACGCUAACCUGGAUGUAGGUGUGUUUUCCUGUAGACACCUGUUGUGGCAGUAUCUACCAAUGACGCAGAUUUUAGGAUUUUGGCAGGCGUCUGUGUUAUAGCUUCACAACCUUGAAAGAUUAUCAUCAUGAAUCUUUACAACCAUCAAGCAGAGAUCAAAAUGUAGGCUGAAUUUGAACAUGGGUGUUUUCUGACUCGUGAGUCCUGAGUAGAAACAGUAUUGUUUACUAACUCCUCAUGGGUCAGAACAUCCCAUUGUAAGGUCUCUAGUUAAGGUUGUGCUUAUCAUGCUUAUAUAUUAAUUUAGUACAUUUAAAAUGUACUGAUUACUUUGGUUAUUGUCUCUUCUAUUUUCUUGACACGAGCUGAUUUAAAUUUUUCAACUUAACAUGAGACCUUGAGUCUGUCUUUGCUGGUUGCCCUUUAACUUUUAAGUUAAGCAUUACUCUUCCAAUGGAGACAGUGAAGGAAACCUUUCAGAGGGACCCUGGGGAGGUAAGAACAACCCGGCUGGAAGUUUCUUAAUAAAAAAUGGGUUCUUUUAUACGAUGUUUUUAAGGAACAAAGAACUUUAUUAGUUUGUAACUCUUGUGCACUCCGUGACUCUCUUACAUCAAAGCGACAGGUAAUGAACUUUGGCGAUAGAACUUUAUGAUGCACACUUAACGUUUUUUUAUUGUUUCAACACUUGGCAUGUGCUACAUGUUGACAUAAAGUGCUUACAAAAAAUAUGAACUACCAUUUUUAUCAGCACGUGAAUUAAAGAGUUCACCCACUGAACGAUAUUAACAAAUAUGUACAUAUAAUGUGUAUUUCAUAAAAAAAAAGAAUUAACCUCUGUAAUUCAGUGACUACUGUCUGACACAAAUACAGUGUUUUCCAUGUUUAAAUUGAUAUCUUGAUUAAACUUUCUUUCUUCUGAUGACUAUCCAAUGAAAGUUUUCCUGUAUCCUUUCCAAAAGUGAUAAUUUUCUAUAGGGUUAUAACCUAAUUAAGGUCAAUUAUAGGGUUUGGUUUUUCCUAGUUCUACUUUGACAUCAGAGACUUUUUAUUGGUAAGUAUAAAAAAAAUCAUCCAUUGUGUUAUUUAAUGUUUAAAUGAUAAAAGGCCAAAGGGUAUAAUUUUUACAAGCACUCUGAGAAGAAUACCUUGAGCACACAGGGUGUGUCCUUCCUUUAAGAAAUACAGGCAUCUUCCAUCCUCACUGACAUUGUAGGAUGAUGAUGCUGUAUAGUAUAGUUGUCGUAUAAAGUUUUAAGAGGCCAAAGGGCAAUAAAAGUUGGUGCAAUGGUGAAAUCACACUUCAUGUACAGGAUGAUUCUCAUUUUAUGUGCAUGUGUUUCUGAACACUGACCCCAUAAACCCUCAUGUAUUGGUUAAUUUGUCAUCCUUUUUCUCCUGAUUUCCGCUUCUGAAUUGCUAUAGCUGAGGCAUAAAGAGCAGAGGGCAGAACUGUUGCCACUAUUGCUGUGGUCUCAUUGGAUAUUGGACAAGGACAAAACUGAGCAGUCUCCUGGAAUCCCAGACUUACAAGAGGAACCUUACUUCCAGUCUCAUCAAUAAUUUGGAGCCACCGAUCCUCAACGUUUUCUUCCGUGACACUGUCCACGAUGAACAUGCUCAAGGCAGUAACUUUGCCUCCUGCCUGCGACUCCUUUGCAACAGUCUGUUCAGGCAAAAACUGCCUUGUACCUGCCAGUAACUUCAAUGAAGUGCUGGGCCUGGUGUUGAGCGUCGUGCUCACCAUAAUGCUGGGUAUGGUCAUGUUCUCCAUGGGCUGCACUGUGGAUGCCAACAAGUUGUUGGGCCACAUCAAGAGGCCCUGGGGCAUUGUAAUCGGCUUCCUCUGCCAGUUUGGCAUCAUGCCUUUCACAGCCUUCGCCUUGUCACUGGCCUUCAACGUUCUACCUGUGCAGGCUGUCGUUAUCAUCAUUAUGGGCUGCUGUCCUGGAGGCACCGGCUCCAACAUCAUCUGCUACUGGUUGGAUGGAGACAUGGACCUCAGUAUCAGUAUGACUGCUUGUUCCUCUAUCCUGGCCUUGGGGAUGAUGCCUCUGUGUCUACUCAUUUACACCUCCGUCUGGACAUCCUCCGACAGCAUCCAGAUCCCUUACGACAGUAUUGGUAUCACUCUUGUGGCCCUCCUUGUCCCAAUUUCUUUGGGAAUGUAUUUAAAACGCAGGAAGCCCGAAUUGGCAAAAAAGAUCCUCAGGGUGGGUUCCAUUGGAGGGUUUGCUCUCAUUCUUAUCAUAGCUGUGGUUGGAGGAAUUCUCUACCAGUCUUCUUGGGACAUUGAUCCCGCCCUCUGGAUCAUCGGCACAAUCUACCCUUUUAUUGGUUUCGGCCUGGGGUUCACACUGGCCCGCAUUGCGGGUCAACCCUGGUACAGAUGUCGAACCAUUGCAUUGGAGACGGGUUUCCAGAAUUCCCAGCUGUGCAGCACCAUUGUGCAGCUGUCCUUCAGCCCUGCUGAACUUGAAGUCAUGUUUUCAUUCCCCCUCAUCUAUAGCAUCUUCCAGCUGGUGGUGGCAGUCUUAACUGUAUCAGCCUACCGGCUAUAUAAGAGGUCACGUGGCAUCGGCCCUGCUGAUUCAGAUGAUGAGGCUCCAUCACUGGAGGCUGGAGUUGUUGAACAAUCAAAAGAUAAGGUGUACCCUGUGGAAAACGGUGCCUUCGAGUUCGAUGGGAACGGUAACAGGAUGGAGAAAAGUAAGGACAUUGACAAAAACACCAAGCUGUGAUAUAACAAACCCUGCAAAUCACAGACUUCAGACUAUCAGUAUGAACGCCCAGCGCUGCCGCUCUACUGAAGAAUCAACUGUGAACUCACACUGCUCUCUGCAGGCAGGAGGUGUGCACUACGGUUUCUUGAGAACGGGGGUGCCCACAUUUUCAGCAACCCUAAUUUAUUCAUAUGUGUUGUAAUCAUUUAAAAGAAGUUUACUCUAUGCAGGCUGUCAGAAAGCCUGCUGAGAUUGACUUAAAACACACAGAAAUGCAAACUGAAUGUUUAAUGCUGUGUAUCUGGAAUAGCUCUCCAGAUAGACAGAGAGCUGCACUCUCUGUACUAAAUGAUGGAAUAUACAACCAAAUACAAUUCAACUGUGUUUAUGUGACAUUCAUAACUAAGGUGGAAGUUGUAUCACACGGGCACAUGAGGUAUGUUCUUCUGAUAACCAAUGUCUCACAGGCAGCGAGUUGAAUUUAACAUAGACUAUAAGGUUAUUAUGUAAAAAAAAAAGUUUUGCAUUGUCUAACUGUAUUUUCUAUUUCUGGUUCUUCUGUAUUUGUGCCUUGAUGAAAACCGAAGUGUUCUGUGCUCUUUCAGCUCCAUUCAUUAUUUCAUUCUUUACCUCAUUUAAAUAAAUACAUCGAGGUGAGGUGCUCAGGAAAGAGUAGGACUCAUCACAUUUGUAGACUGUUUUACUGAGUACAGUUUCUGAAAUGCUGUGGGUAAGCUACUGGUUUGACAUAUCUGUUCACACUGAAGAAUACACAAACAUACAAGUUAUGUAUAUGUUUAUUAUAUACAUAUUCUACUAAAUUAUAGGCAUAUUUUCUAAGUGAUUACAAUUCUGCUAAUUUACUGACAGUCUAUCUAAGCUUUUCUUGUUUUUUCAUUGAUGAACAGAAGCUCAAUAUUUUACAAAACCUAUGCAUUCCAAUUCACUAGUGUUGUUUAAACAUGUGCUUUCUAAAAUAUUAUAUUUUCUCUAAAGACAUUUUAUUUUGUGG